GGUGCGGGGGGCGCGCCGCCGCUGCCGCGGCCUCCCCUUUAAGAACCGCCACCGCCCACGGCCCGCCGCUGCGGCAGGGACCUCCCCUUUAAACAGCGGCGGCUUAGUGCUCCGCGGCCCCCGCGGCGGCUGCUGCUGCGGCUGCUGCUCCUACUGCGGCUAUUGCUGCCGCCACCGCUCGACCUCCGGCAGCUGCAUCCUCGGCCCGGGCGGGGUCCCCGCCCCGCGCCUCGCCUCGCCUCGCCAUGGUGUCCUGGAUCAUCUCUCGGCUGGUGGUGCUCAUCUUUGGCACGCUGUACCCAGCCUAUUCUUCCUACAAGGCCGUGAAGACAAAAAACGUGAAGGAAUAUGUAAAGUGGAUGAUGUACUGGAUCGUCUUUGCCUUCUUCACCACGGCUGAGACACUCACGGAUAUCGUGCUCUCCUGGUUCCCCUUCUACUUUGAGCUCAAGAUCGCCUUUGUGAUAUGGCUGCUGUCCCCUUAUACCAAGGGCUCCAGCGUACUCUACCGCAAGUUCGUGCACCCGACACUGUCCAACAAGGAGAAGGAGAUCGAUGAGUACAUCACACAGGCCCGAGACAAGAGCUAUGAGACCAUGAUGAGGGUGGGCAAGAGAGGCCUGAACCUGGCCGCCAAUGCUGCGGUCACGGCUGCUGCCAAGGGGGUGCUGUCAGAGAAGCUCCGAAGCUUCAGCAUGCAGGACCUGACCCUGAUCCGGGACGAGGACACACUGCCCCUGCAAGGGCCUGACGGCCGCCUCCGCCCCAACCCCAGCAGCCUCCUGGACACCGCUGAGGACUUAGGAGAUGACCCUGCCCUGAGUUUACGGUCUAGCAUGAACCCGGCAGAUUCCCGGACAGAGACCUCUGAGGAUGAUGUGGGAGACAAGGCCCCUAAGAGGGUCAAGUCCGUCAAAAAAGUGCCCAAAGCUGAGCCACUGGCUUCCAAGACGCUGAAGACCCGGCCCAAGAAGAAAACCUCUGGUGGGGGUGACUCGGCUUGAGGUCCCAAUUCCCACAAGCUACAGAGCCCCUGCUCCACACUGUGCCCAUAGCCCAUGUGUCUCAGGCCCCAGGCCCCUCCGAUGGCUGUUUCUGGUGCCUGUCCAGUGGCCACUCCUCUGGAAGGGCUUGGAAAGGAGGAGGGAGGCCAUGCUGGGGGGGGUUGAGGGUAGAGGUUGGACUAGGAGCUGAGGACAGAGCCAUUCAAGGAGGUGGGGGUUCCUCAGAGCCUGAACCUCCAUUCCAGCCUUCCCUGCUCCAGCCCUGCCUGCCCACCCAGUGCCUUGCUGAAAACCAUGGCCAUCCGCUCCUCUGGGGUCCCAAUAUGCCCUUACUGCACCCCCUGGUCAGAGGUGGGAGUCAGUCACAGCCCUGAUGGACCAGAGAUGGGCCUGAAGGCAUCGGGGAGGGAGGGAGAGAGAGGGCAAGGCCUCAGGGAACCUGGGCGGGGGCUCCAGGCCACAGCCGUGAAUGGAGGAAAGGGGCUUCGUGUGUGCUUAAGUGACCAGGAUGGCAAGGCCAGAGCUGUAGCCGGGGGCAUUGGGUAGGGCUGUGUGCUACGUGUCCCCACUAAAAAGAGGUGGAGUUCCAGGGAUGUGAGUUUGAGUGUGUGUGUGUGUGUGUGUGUGUGUGUGUGUGUGUGUGUGUGUGUUUGUCUUUCUGGGUCUAGGGCUAUAGGGAUUUGGAGUAAAUGACUUUCCCUCCAGCAAUGGCCACCCCCCCACACCCUUAGUCCCAUAGCCAGCUGUCCCUUUCCCCCACUCUCAGCCCUCCUUCCUAGUCUCUGAGCCUCAGAGGACCCCAGCCUAUGAGAGAAGGGGGCUCCAAGGCCGGGGCCUCUCUCCUCUUCCGCCCUCAGUUCUUUUCUGUCUUCUCUCUUUCCUGCCCUGCCCUUACACUGGGGCAGGGCCCACUGGAGAGGCCCUUGCCGAGCCGGUUCCUUUCCUCCCCAUCUUGGGGCCCAUCCUCCUUUUCCCCAUCCUUUCCCUGUGCCAAGCGGACUGGGCCCACGUGAGCAGACCCUUAUCAGAGCCCAGCCUUUGCCCCAUACCCUGCCCCAGCUUCUGCCCGUGACUUCAGUCAGGGCCAGGAGGAGCGUGUGAAGAAGCAAAAACAAGGAGCCACGGGGCUCCCGAUUUUGUGGAAAGCGGAUGCUCGUUGGACCUUUGGCGCUGGAUGAGCCAAUAAACCAAACUCUGGCACCUCA